CAUUUUUUCAAAAGUUUUCUGUCAUAUGUUGGAUUACACGGUUUCGAACAACAUACAAGAAAUGCCAAAGUUAAGAGUGUGUUUUAUUUGUGGUAUUUCUAUUUGUGAGUGAGUUAUAUGACUGCGAAUGAUCACAGUGCCAUUGGGAAGUGGAAAGGCAAGAAGUUUCUCGGCAAAAGUGUUAUCUACAUAUUGGGGAGAACCUUUUAGAUUUUUGUAUGCCUCAAACUUCUCACCAUUACUGCCAUUCCGUUCAAUAACUAAAUAUAGAACUAAAUGUUGACUUGUUAUAGGAGGAAGCACUUCUUUCACUUUUUUUCCACUUUUAUACACUGAUAGGGGAAUUGUAAGAGGGUCAACACACCCCGAUUCUUUUAAUUUUUCGCAGUACAACUUCUUCUCCUCUGGGAUUAACUCCUGAGCAAAUUUAGAGAGCUUUAAACUACAGAUACUUGUAUCACUAGUCAUAAUUCAGCAUAAUCGUGUAAUACAACAUAUGACAGAAAACUUUUGAAAAAAUGUGGUAGUCGUCUGCUACCGUUGAAAAGCCUAGAGAGCAACCACAUCGGGCGAGCCAAAUAAAAAGCGGCUGUUCACGGCACCCCUUUACACUGCAACGCGCCGCUAGGGGGUCGGCUUGACCCAUACUUAUGGAUACUAAUAAGGUCUAUAUGCGUUUGUGAAUUUCGAUGAGCGUUGCACACCUUGGAGGUCUCGUUGACUCGCCAGUUGAAGAUACGCACAGUGUUAGUGCUUGGGUGUCUCGAGAGGAAAUUACAGAACAUAGCCAUACAGUAUGGUGUCCUUCAACAAUGUUCAACCAUGGAAUGAGUCACAUGUGGCUGAGACAAACAGAUGAUGCUUUUGCAUUUUGAAUGUUUAAAUUUUUAUAAUUGUUUUAUAAUUGACUGGGUGAUGCAUUUGAUGCAUAUUGGUGGCACUCAACGGAGAAUUUCAGUUUCUGUUUUCUUCACGGGAAACUAAACAAAUUCGCAAGAAAUCGAAAUUUUCUGCUGCGUAAGGCCAAAUGUUUUCGACUGAUUGUAUCUGACAAUUAACGUGUCAACUGCUUUUUUAAAAGCAACUGUCACCGCACUCAUUCUUAAACGAUUCCCAUUUGAUCGUAACUCGCUCUUUAAAGCGAGGGGCGAGGCCACCAAGGGGUUGCCGUCAUGCCAGACUUCAAGAAAUACGUAGCUAUACUACUAGGAGUUGCUUUCUUCAGCGUCUCUUUGCUGUACUGCUUCCCUCACCAAUUUCACGUAGUUUCCAAUCAGGCGAUGCAUGACGGCUCGUUUGAUCCAGAGAUGGAAGGGGAAAUGCUGGAUCUUUUUGACGUCCGCAAUUUUGACAACAAAUCCAAAACGAUCUUAUUUUGGACGACAUUUUACGGUGGACAUGUAUGGAGGAAACUACGAAUGGAUUUGAAACAAAGCUGUCCAGACCACAAUUGCCGAUUGACAACCGAUCGGCGCUUGUUAAACAAAAGCGACGCCGUUGUUUUUCACUUUUGGCGCGAUGAAUUAGAUAGUCUACCAGCUUUUCGCAGGCCGGAUCAACGCUUUAUCUAUUUGAAUUUUGAAUCGGCCAUUCGUAGCCGGGAUUUUUUUCCGUGGAAAAAAAUCCCGCCUAACUUUUUUAAUUGGACGGCCACUUACCGAUUGGACUCUGAUUUGUUUGGAAAAAUGUUUUACGGCUUUCAGUUUGAAAACAAAAGUUCACCGUUAGUCGGUCAAAACAAUUUGACUAACUACUACGGCCUCAACAUUACGUCCAAAACAAAAAUGGCUGCUUGGUUUGUGAGCAAUUGUCAAACGUCAAUCAAUCGCGAAGGCUACGUGCGUGAACUUUCACGUUACAUUCAGGUGGAUGUGUUUGGCGAGUGUCUCGAGAAUUACAAAUCUUGUCCCACACCGAGAAACUCUCAGAACCAGCCGUUGUUUUACGUAAAAUCGGAUUGCGAGGUGAUGCUCGAACGAGAUUACCUGUUCUACCUGAGUUUCGAAAAUUCGUUCUGCCCUGAUUAUGCCUCUGAAAAGUUUUUUAAAGCCUUUCAAUCGGGAAUCGUUCCCGUCGUUUUUGGCGGAGCCAAUUAUUCGCUAUUGGCUCCGUCGCAUUCUUACAUCAACGCGCGCGAUUUUCAAACGCCUAAACUGCUGGCUGAGUAUUUAGUCGAAUUGAGUCAGAACCUCGAUCUUUAUUCGCGCUACUUUGAUUGGAGGGGAGAAUUUGAUUUAAAGCGCGACUCCGGCUGGUGUAACCUGUGCAAAAUGCUCAACAAUCCGCGUGCCGAUCCGAAAAGCUAUCCAGUCAUUGAGACGUGGUUUUUUGAUAAAUACCCGUGUGAAAACUACCGUUGGACAAACACAACAAUCAAUUAAUUGUUCUCGUUCUGCCUCUUUCUCCUUUGUCGUUCACAUUUCGCCAUCAAAUCGCUUGUUUUUAAGUAUCGACUGAUAUCACCCACUUUAUUUUGUUGUUGUUGUUUACCGAUGACGUCAAAUACUGCUCGUAAAGAAAAUCACAUUGCCCCGACGGACAUUUCCUGAUCGGUCACACACCCACAGUGCUUCCACUUUUAGGGUUUUUACCCCGUUUCAGGGUUUUUAGACUAUUUUUUUACAACUUUAGGGUUAAAAAACAUUUUGGGGUUUUCCAACAUUUAAGGGUUUUUUAUAGGGUUUUUUAAAAAUACUCGUUAAAAAAUGAUUGGCAGCUCUGGCGCUGCCUGCCUUUACAAACAUAGAUGCAUGCAAAGUUGCAGACGACAAGAAAAACAAUUCAGUCAAACUCGAAACGUCGAAAGUCAAAACUCGAAACGUCGAAAGUCGAAAGUCCUAGCGUAAUAGAACACUGCAGCAUAGAACAGGCCAAUUUGCCCAUCCCAGAUCAAACACAGGGUUUGUAAUGUGUAAUUGCUGCCGUCCAAAAUAAGUUAUUCAGAAAUGUGUGCUUUUGAACGUAAAAUUUCCUUGUUAAUCAAAAUGCAAUAUAGAAAUUAGAUUUUCUAUGGUUGUCGGUUUAUUUUUGAUGAGAAAAAAUAUCUGUUGUACUUCUA